AUGAAUAUGGAGCAGAUUCUGAAAAAUAUAAGUGAAGUCCAAGUGCCCAUCUUUAUGUUUCGAUGGUUGCAACCCAGAACACUUUCGCUGCCUAGCUGUCGUACCAACGUAAGCAGACACGAGAGCUGGGAAACUGCCAGGUUGCAAGAGCCUAAACAGGGUAAGUCGAGAGACAGAGGUCGGUUCCGAACCACGGACCUUCCGGUUCGUACGCUGGCACCUUAA